AUGGCGUUUAUUAAAGAGGAGAGAGAAGACAUGAAGAUUGAAGAAACAUUCAGAGUCAAACAUGAAGAUACUGAGGAACAAACAGAUCUGAAAGAAGAGAGUGAAGAACUGAAUGAAAUACAAGACAAAGAUCAGUUUAAGAAACAUGAUUUCGUAACUGGACAAAAAUCAUAUAGUUGCUCACAGAUUGCAAAGACUUUGACACGAAAAAGGGCUCAAAAUACUCAAACUAGAUGUCAUUUCACCUGCCAACAAUAUGAAAAGAGUUUUGAUCAACGUGGAAAACUUCAAGUCCACAUGAGAAUUCUCACCGGAGAGAAGCCUUACUCCUGCAAACUGUGUGGAAAUAGUUUCCCUAUAAAGGGAAACCUUAAAAGGCACAUGAUAGUUCACACUGGAGAGAAGCCUUUCACCUGCCCUCAAUGUGGAAAGAAUUUUACACAUAAAAACACUCUUAAUGACCACAUAAGAAUUCACACUGGAGAGAAGCCUUUCACCUGCCAACAGUGUGGAAAGAGUUUCAUUCAAAAAAGAUACCUUAAAAACCACAUGACAAUUCACACGGGAGAGAAGCCUUUCACAUGCCCUCAGUGUGGAAACAGUUUUACUCCACAAGGAAACUUUAAAAGGCACAUGAGGAUUCACACUGGAGAGAAGCCGUUCACAUGUUUUCAGUGUGGAAUCAGUUUCACUCAGCAAAGAAGCUUAAACAAGCAUAUGACAAUUCACACCAGAGAGAAGCCUUUCACCUGCCAACAGUGUGGAAAUAGUUUCAAUGAAAAAGGAAUCCUUAAAACACACAUGAGGAUUCACACCGACCUGAAAGAAGAGCGUGAAGAACUGAAUAAAAUGCAAGAUAAGGAUCAAUAUAAGAAACAUCAUUUCAUGCCCGGACAAAAAUUAUUUAGUUGCUCACAGAAGGCAAAGACUUCUUCACAAAAAAGAGUUCAGAAGGCCAGAUCUAGAAGUAAUUUCACCUGCCAAGAGUGUGGAAAGAGUUUUGACCAUCAAGGAAAACUGAAAGUCCACAAGAGAAUUCACACGGGAGAAAAGCCUUACAGCUGCCAACAGUGUGGAAAGAGUUUCAAUGAACAUGGAAACCUUAAAGUCCACAUGAGGAUUCACACCGAGGAGAAGCCUUACACCUGCCUUCAAUGUGGAAAGAGUUUUUCUCAUAAAAGCGCUUUGAAUGUCCACAUGACAGUUCACACUGGAGAGAAGCCUUACACCUGCAAACUGUGUGGAAAUAGUUUCCCUAAACAGGGAAACCUUAAAAGGCACAUGGUAGUUCACACUGGAGAGAAGCCUUACACCUGCCCUCAGUGUGGAAAGAGUUUUACUCAACAAGGAAACUUUAACAGGCACAAGAGAGUUCACACUGGAGAGAAACCGUUCACAUGUGUUCAGUGUGGAAACAGUUUCACACGACAAACAAGCUUUAACAGGCACCUGAGAAUUCACACCAGAGAGAAGCGUUAAACCUGCGAACUGUGUGGAAGAAGUUCACGACAAAACUCAACCUUAGCUAUCACAUGAACAGUCACACUAGUGAGAAGCUGUUUACAUGUGAUCAGUGGAAAGAGCUUCAGACAUAAAGCGACCCUUAAUAAUCACGAGGCUUCAUGCUGGAGAGAGACCUUUCAUGUGUCUUCAGUGAGAAAUGUGUUUCAUAUAUCAAAAAGACCUCAAACAUCAUUGUGGCAAACAGUGCAGGGGCCGAGAGCUGUGGGAACGGAGCGAGUUUCAUGGAAGGAGAUCCGGAAGGAUAGGAGGCGGCGUGAUGACAAUCCAUGACGAGAGAGGACAGGCCUGGACUUUGUUGUGCUUUAUUACGUUUUUAUGUGGCGGUCGUCCGUGAGGGGCUGAAUCAGACACUGAAGACUUAAUCAGAAUUGUGUCAAAACAGCGCAAAGAACCAAAACAACCAAAAAGGCCCUGAGUCUCACACUGGGCGACCAUAAAACUGAGACCUGUCAGUUGGCACCACAAAGCCUGAGCUAACUAGUUACUCCUCUAUGGACGACUGAAUAAACUAACUCCUAAAAGAACUCCUCCAGCGUUGUCAACUUUAUGCAGUUAACCCAAGAUAAAUGGGUGUGGAGACACGCAUUCUGAAUCUCACAGGGAAAAUUAUAAGGCAAAAGUGGGAUUUCCCUCAGUCUAGAUAAAGAGCUAAAGCCAGACUACCUUUGACCUUUUCCUUCCUUGCAUGACUGGAAUCCGUGUCUCUUACUUUGUCUUUGCCCGCCUCAAACUUUGACCAGCCUGCAGGACUCCACUU